UCUCUCUCUCUCUCUCUCUCUCUCUCUCUCUCUCUUGAGAAACUUUCGCAAUUUUACGAUCUCACGGUGCAGUGCAAAACGACUUGCAAAGACGAUGCUAGGUUACUUAACUAGGAGAUAUUUGUGAAUUAGGACCCCUUUAAAAAACCCCACCCCAACACACAUUUUAGGUGCACCGGCUUCUAAAACUACAAACUUUUGCUGGUAAAUGUUUCCAUAAUCCCGAAACUCAGGAACUUCAAAUCCAAUGUAAGUUUCCUCUGAAUGUCAUAUACCAUAAAUUAAUUGAUUUUUUUUUAGUAGUUGUAGUAUGCAGGCGAUAUAAAACUGUUCUCUUAUUUAAAACCGCAAUUUCCUAAUAUAUUCCGCUAAUUAUGUCGUCUUGCUAGUAAUGUCAAAUGUUUAAUAAUAUAAUUGCUUUAUUGCUAGGGAGCUUGGAAGGCAAUCGCUUAUUUUUCAACCCACUACAUCCGAAACGUUUGACAAACAAGAGGGCGGGCCCAUAGGGAGGGACGGUAUUCGCUGCCGUUCCUACGUCACAGAAAAGAUAUAUCAACUCUCACUUUGCAUGUCACGCCGAUAAACGGUUAUAGCCUGAGCGAAAUGCACAAUGUCAACACGCCUGUUUACCUCCCAAUGCCCACGAAGCCCGCAUUCGGCGCAGGCUAGCUUUUACUAUGUUGCAGUUCAAUAGUGAACCAUUGUCGUUGGAUCAUCGGUUCCAUUUACUGUUAGUAUCUGCUGUGACGUCAGAGCGAUACGAUGGCGCGAUUGGUCUAUUGGCAGCUAUCGAUCAAUUAUUAAAAUAAGGCUAGAUUGUGUGGGUAUUAUACAGUUUUUCAAGAACACAAAGUGAGUGACGGCAAACACUGUCAGCCUCUCAUGUGAAUUCUAUUCACAAGGACCGUACUAAACGCCGUAUCAGUCAGUGGAUUGACUACGUCCACAUUCAGCACGGUUAUGCGGCAUAAACUGGAAGAUAUGAACUUGAAUUUGGACGUUGGAUUACCAGACGACAUGUGUGAUUCUUUAUGGGAACAACCGGAUGUAGAGUCGGGGGAUUACCAGAUGCGCGGCAAGCGUGGCAUCAAGAGAGACAACCCUAGCUCGCCGUCGGAAUCGGGCGGGAGCUCUUCAAACGAAGGCGUGCUGGAGAAGAAGGCGAGGAACUCGAAGAAAUCGGCGAGGAAGAGGAAAGGAGUGAGUGCCAGGGAGAGGAACAUUCGCCGCCUGGAGAGCAAUGAAAGGGAGAGAAUGAGGAUGCAUUCGUUAAACGACGCGUUUCAGGACUUGAGGGAGGUGAUCCCGCACGUGAAACUCGAUCGGAAGUUGUCGAAAAUCGAGACUCUGACGCUAGCGAAAAACUAUAUCAAAGCUCUGACCAAUGUGAUUUGUGAUAUGCGGGGCGAGGACGCGCCCUACCACCUGGAACCCGUGGACAAUAACGUGGACGGGGAGUCACCGGGUGACAGGCAGACAUCGCCCGAAACCGCAGACGACAAUGAGUCUGUGGAAUCCAUGAACCAGGAGGACUCAAACGAACAAGAAGACAUUGACUUUGAGGGAGACGAUGACAUAUAUGAUGUUUGACACGAUUUGUUGUAAAACAACAACAACCCAAAAACAAACCCUAAUCAACAACAAAAACCCAAACAAAAGACAAAAGUGUUUACAAAACCAAAAACAGCUAAAGCAUUCGCAUAGUAGUUAUUUUCCGUCAAUGGAAUAUUUCUUCCAGAAUCCAUCAAUCAGGAAAUCAUGUUUUGUCUGCUGAGCUUGCAGAGUUUCAGUGUUUCAGUGCAGGGGCUUGCUUCUUUCCAAACUGUGCUGUGAGACCUCUAACUUCCACAAAUAAAAGUGUGUGUGUGUAUGUGUGCUGUGACGAAUAGCUUUGGAAAUAAGAUUGUCGCUGGGAUAAAACAAAAAAAUUCUGUUGUUGAAAAACUCAUUCUGUGAAAUGUGUCAAGCAGGUUUUGUUUUCGUUCUCAUUGAUGACGAUUCUUUCGCCAAUGGUCUCAACAUUCAGAUGCCACAAACCUGUACAUGUGGUGGUGGUGGGUGACGUUUUAUAACAAAACAUAGUACGUCAUCAGUUCUUGUGUAAGUUUCUGCGUUCCUGUGCAGAUCACACCCGUGGACGAAACUAAACAAAACAACAACAAAAAACAAAACAUUGGAUUUAUUUUUGCAUAAACCGUGUUUUAAGGAUGGCUAAUAACCGGGAUUCAUUUUCGUCACACAGAAGUUGUUACGAAGCGGACUUCGUUGAUUUAUUUCUUCUUUUUUCCCUUUCAUUUCAUUAAGGUGAUUAUACUGAAAGACAGUGUGAUAUGAUUUGUUAUUAUUUUUAAAUUUCAGAUCACGUGACCGGAUAUACAUGUAGCCAUGGUUGCACACUCUCAACAAUGUGAUCAUGUGACU